AUGCAGGGACUUCCGCUGACACUGCUGUUCGCUGGCGCGGUGGCCUGGCGCGCCGGCGUCGCCGCGCCCGCGAGGCCGAGCCUUCCGCACAGCCACCAUCAGCGGCGCGGCUCGCCGCUCUCCUUUGCGGUGCCGCCUGACGGAGAGAGCGAUGCGUUUGGGCAGGCUCCGCAAGCGCCGCAGCAGCAGCCACCUCCCUUUGUUUCGUCGGACGAGGAUGAGCUGGCCGAGGAGGAGGAGGGCGGCGCGCUGACGGGGAGCGGUCCGGCCUCGCCGGACGAAUGGGGACUCGUCCGGCGCGCAGCGCUCACCGUCGGCAUGGUCGUGCCGGCGCUCGUCCUCGCGGCGUCACUGCAGCGCGCCGGCGAGAGGGCGAUCAGCGAGGCGGACAGGCGAGCGAUCGUGGAGGCGAUCCGGGAGGACGUGGCGGUGCUGGAGGGGUACGCGGAGACCGCCGCCGCGUAUCGCCGCGUGCUCACAAUCCUCCGGCUGUGGGUAGGCGACGGCGAGCGGUUGGUCGUCGCUCCCACGGCCGAUUCGCCAGAGAGGCUGCGGUUGGCGGUGCAGGAGUACCGGAGGCCGUGGACAGAGACGCUGCCGUGGAGGAGGUGA